ACUUGACAUCCCCCAAACCCCACAACAGCAUAAAAGGAUCCUUUAUGAUUUCUUUCUCAAACGUAACAAUUGCUUGCUUUUUUAUGUCAUCAUUAUUAAUCUGUGGAGUGAGCCUCUAUCCCAACUUGCCUAAUCUGUACUAGUGCUAAAAAGACUUGUUGGCUGGCUCCUCUACUGCUUCCACUUACGUGCAUAUUUCCAGCUCUUCCAAGUUCAUAUUCAAGGCUAUGAAUCAAGGGUGUUUGGUCCUCAAGUACGAUAGCUGGGAGCAACAAGCAUUUACUUUGUGACGUUCCAUCGCUGCCUGCCUUCCUUAGUACGUUUAUAAUUGAUAGGAAAGUAAUCAUCGGAAUGAUUCCAUCUUAUUACCUUCCUUUUCUCAAGGAUUUGGUAGCUGGCCAGAUUUUCUGCUGAUUUUGAGUACUUUUGGUUAGGACCUCGGUGAAUUCUCCAGCCAGCUUACCCACCUGUCCUUUCCGAGCUAAAUAUCAGCAGGAGGUUACAUUGCCAUUUCAACCACCAAAAAGCUCUUGUUUCUUCUGUGAAUACAACUUAAUGAAGUAUCAGGCUGGCAGUUGGCCUUACCCUUCUUCAGUUCCUUUUCAUUAGCAGAGGGCAUAUUUCAAUUUUCCCUAGCAUCUUCUUUGCGCUGCCUCUCCUGACUAAAGAAAUAACUCUAGGUGGACAAGUGUGCACUUCAUCUUCUGUCUCUUAAUAUCGUUCAACUGCUUAGCUUCAUGCAAACAUGAAUAACUCUCCAAUGUACCAAAACUACGAGGCAAGCGAGCAUGGUGCUUACGAGUUUGAUCCUCAAGUUGACUUUACACAGUUCUUGGAAGAAGCAAGACAACAUGCAAGAGAAAUGAAUCUACAGUCAAUUUUACCACAUCCAGAAUCUGGAAAAGAAAGAGUGGAAGUAGAGAAAAAGAGCAGGAGGUCCUGGAAACACUCUCUCCUCAAAUGGUGGAAUGCCGAGAAAAAGACCAAGACCAUCGUAGAACCAGCAAAUAGCUCUAACAUUUCAAAUCCAAGAAAGGGUCAUGUCUCCGGUCCUAUAUAUGGAAGUGGCAGAGGAGUUGAAGUCAGGUAUCGGCGACAAACAUCUGGGCCGCUGACUAAUCUUUUCAACCGUUCCAAGAGCGUGGAGAACGAGAACCGUUAUGUGUGUCUCGACCAACUUAACAAUCCCCAAGGUGUCAAGGCCUAUGGACCUGUUUACCUGGUAACUUAGCAUUUCGGCGACAAAAGCUUUGCACUGAAACUUCUUCACUUUCCGUAGUGAAGUAGCUCUUGGUCGAAGGAUGGUGACACUAAGUGUGUUUGAUCAUUCGGAGAGGCAGAAACAACUAAUAUCUGGAAUCCAAGUAAUCAGCUUUAAUUUCUGUACAGUAGAUUAUUUAUAAUAGAAAGAGAUCGAGACCAGGACAACUUAUUAGUUUUAUUCUA